UCGCGUCCACGAGGACGACGGAAGGUACAACCUCGACGUGGAGACUGCCAACGGCAUCUCCAUGUCCCAGUCCGGCUCUCCCGACGGUCCCGACGGCGCUAUCGUCAAGGCAGGACAGUACUCUUACACCGCCCCUGACGGUUCUCUGAUCGAGAUCAAGUUCGUGGCCAACGAGAACGGAUUCCAGCCCCAGGGCGCCCCCCUGCCCGUGGCUCCCGAGUUCCCCCACCCGAUCCCUCAGUUCGUCCUCGACCAGAUCGCCUUCGCCGCCGAGGAGGACGCCGCCCGUGAACGUGCUGAGGCUCAGGCUUCCGCCCCCGCGCCCACCACGCUCUACGGCCAGCCUCAGUAGACCGAUGGCUGAAAUCUGUGAUAUUUAUAAUAUUUAUGAGAUUGAUUAAACGACGCUAUGCUGAAACGAAUAAAAGAAUUUCGAUAA